GUAUCCUGUGUCAACUAUGUUUUAAUGGAUGCUGCCGAAGAAAAUGGAUAUUUGUUGUGUUAUUUUUCCAUUGUUAUUAAUCGUUUCCUGUGGGUUUGAUAUCACAACAGGGCUGAAAUGCUACUGCUCCGAUUGUCCAAAUAGUGAGUGUGACGCGGGCGAAGGAGGAAGAUGCGUCACAUCAAUCACAAAGAUGGGCGGGACUCGGGAGGACAAGAUACGUUACAGAUGUCUGAAAGAGGAAAAGAUCUAUAUCCGAGUCCAAGAAGGGAAGAUGCAGGGUGACACCCCACACUGUAUGGUGUCUGCCAAAAAAGAGGAUGUUAACUACAUUAUCUGUUGUUCGGGUCCAGACCUAUGUAACCAACACCUGAGGCCGACCUAUGCACCUGCCACAGUUACCCCAGGAGAUGAAAAUUCGGAGUCCAAGUUGCAGUUUGGUACGACAGAGCUCGUCAUUCUCAUCGCCUGCCCUGUUCUAAUUGUCUCCAUCCUCUUCAUGGUCCUGUUCUUCGCCUACCAUCAGUGCCAGCGCAACCGCCACGGUUACCAGCUGCCGAACGACGCAUCACAGGAGACGAUGCCUUUUGUGCAGCAGGGUCAAUCGAGCAGCACACUGCGUGAAAUGAUGUAUGAAUAUUCUGGGUCUGGCUCAGGUCUGCCAUUACUGGUACAACGGACAAUUGCCCGACAGAUCCAGGUCCGGGAGACUAUUGGCAAGGGCCGCUACGGUGAGGUGUAUAGGGGGCGCUGGCGAGGGGAGAAUGUGGCUGUGAAGAUCUUUCCGUCACGGGAGGAGAGGUCUUGGUUCAGAGAGGCGGAGAUCUACCAGACUGUCAUGUUACGUCACGAAAAUAUUCUCGGCUUUAUUGCGGCCGACAACAAAGAUAACGGAACAUGGACACAGCUGUGGCUCAUUACUGACUACCACGAGAACGGCUCACUAUUCGACUACCUCAACCGUACUGUGCUCAGCAUCUCCGGCAUGCUCAAGCUCUCCCUGUCUGCCUCGUGUGGCCUCGCCCACCUCCACAUGGAGAUCAUUGGAACAGAAGUUCAUGCCGGGAAGCCGGCCAUAGCUCACAGGGAUCUUAAAAGUAAAAAUAUUCUGGUGAAAAACAAUGGUACUUGUUGUAUAGCUGACCUAGGUUUGGCUGUGAGACAUGAUAUAGCUACAGAUUCUGUGGACAUUGCUCCUAACAAUCGUGUCGGCACGAAGCGAUACAUGGCCCCAGAAGUACUGGACGAAUCCAUCAACAUGACUCACUUCGAGUCAUUUAAGCGUGCAGAUGUUUAUGCCUUUGGUCUUGUUUUGUGGGAAAUUACAAGGAAAUGUUCCCUUGGAGGUAUUGUAGAGGAGUACCAACUGCCGUACUAUGACAUGGUACAAUCUGAUCCGAGUCUGGAGGAAAUGAGGAAGGUUGUUUGUGAAGAAAAACAUCGUCCGGCGGUCCCCAAUCGCUGGCACUCCCAUGAGUCGUUGAGGGUGAUGGCACGCCUGAUGAAGGAAUGUUGGUACCAUAAUGCUGCUGCUCGACUCACUACCCUUCGCAUCAAAAAGACGCUAGCCAGCAUUGCCAACCAGGAAGACAUGAAGAUAUAAAAUGUGAUAAUCCCCGUGUGAUAAGGGGAGGUAAUUCUGAUAUGGACAGUUCAUUAUCUCCCCUCCUGAGAUUCAAAGGAAGGGGAGGCAACUGAUAAAAGACAGAUUGAUAUUUUCCCUGAAUUAUUUUUUUUUAAUUAAAGGAUCAUAACUCUGAUAUCGUCACUCCAAUGUGACGUGGAAGAGGUGGCAACCUGAUUUUCGGAAGAUCAUCUUAACUGUAAGGAAGUCGGAGACCGAAGAUAACUAAGAUAUGAACAGCUUUAUGAAUUUCCAUUGUGACAUAUCGAAGAAAAGGGAGGAAACUCUUGUUUGUUUUUAUGGAUAUAAUCCAUAAUGUGUUACGUGUCUUCGUGUGGACAGAGGAAGGCAAUCACUUUUAAUAGGUUUAAUGUGAAUGGAGCAGAUGCCUGGUAACAUGUGUUUUGAAAUGUGUACGAGUGAAUGUGUGUAAGGUAAUUAAUGUAAGGAAGGCUGUUGAUGUACAUGAAGGAGCUGUCUGUAGAAUCAGUGAUAUUGCUGGUUAAUUGAAAUCAUUUAAUUUAAAAAUCAUGUCGGCAUUGAAUGAAGCAAAGCACACCAAUUCAAGUAGAAGAUAAUCAUAUGUUUGAGACUUGGAUCAAGGGAUUUCUGUCUUUUUUUGAUGUGACAUAGGAGGGCAUUACAUAAAAAAAUCUUCAAUUUUUGACCUGUGACCUGUGACCUGUUAAAGCUUUGUUGUGAGUCAGAAUGUAUUGUUAAAGCUUUACUUUAUCAGGUAGGAGAAGCGGGUUUGAACUCUUAGGUCAGGUCACACAAAAACAAGAAAGUGUUCAAUAAGAUUACUAGUGAUUACUGAGGGGAGGGGGGAUGGGGGGUGAUUAAGGUAAAAAGCACAUAACAUUGUGUUGUUUUCCAAAAAAAAAAGGAAAUAUAUUCUGUGCUACAAGUCAUUAUAUUUGAUUUUUGGUACUUUUCAGGAAUAUAACUGAGUAUAUAAUCAAAUUAUUUUUAUUCUGACUCCCUAAAAGACCCACAACCUGUAUUAUUUAAUCAUCUUUGUUAAAUGACCUUUGCUGUUGAUAAGACGUUAAACAAAAUAUAACCAAACCAAUCUAAAUAUAAAGAAAAUAAUUAAGAAAAUAAAUUUUCAAUGACUCUUUACAGUAAAAAAGUGUCAGGACCCGAUACUUAAAAGAAAAAAGGAAUUUGUUCAUGCAAUUGACGAGAAAUUAACACAUUUCCAAAUGUAAAUUAUUUGAAGGUGUUAAAUAAUUUCUAUUAUAAAUUGCUUUGAGUAACUUUUUAGUAAUAAAGCAUUCAUUCACUUGUGAUUUUGUGAAAUUUAGGAGAAUUUUUUAUUAAAGGUAAGAUUUUGGUUUUCAUUGAAACCAAUAAAGUCCUACAAUGGGCAUCCACGACCAAAGGGAAUGUUGGUUCUCUUGGCAAUCAUGUUUUUAGUGGUCAAUAUGUGAGGGUCCUGUUUUCAAGGGUACACAUUGGAGAUUUCAGUUUAUUGGUGCUCUGGUGGUAUUAAAAGAAUUGGUGUGAAGUAUGUCAUUGUGAGCAUUACUUUAUGGCACUAAAAAGGUGAAUUAUGGCCCUGUUUGGAUUGUAAACAUUUUGACAUGGCACUGUAGGAUGGCUCAAUCUUCUCUUGUUCAUCACUACAUCAUUAACUCAUUCACCCCUGAAAUUUCAUAAUGAACAUUUCCAACCUUUGAUUUGGAAGAGCUCAAAUGUGUCUUCAGGGGUGAAUGAGUUAAUUAGGGUUUGGAAAGGGUUACUGUCGAUCAUUUUAUAUUUGCAUGUACUUUAUUUUCAGAAAUAUGUCAAUAGCAUUUACCUGACAUUGAUAGGAUGCUGUUUGAAUAUCAGUCGCACAGUAAUACAUCUUUUGAAGUCAAAUUUAAAUUGGGGUCAAUGUCUUUUCUUGGUCACCAGUGAUUUUUAAGUACUCGGAUAUUUGAAUCCUUGACUCGUACUAUCCUUGUGAAACUCACCAAUUUUUUGAGGACGUGCUACAAUUCUUGAUGAUAGGACUCAUCAAAGUUUUGAAGAAAAAAACAUCCAAUUCUCACUAGAAAAGGUCUACAAAAAUCUCUAGGUCACAUAAUGGUGGGUUCCCAAGGAGACAGUGUUGAAAGUCUGGGCCUGGAUGAUACAAUUAAUGCAUGAUACAAUACAUAUUAUAAUACCUACUCGGAUACAUAUGUCUAUACUUUUACAGUAUAGCAAUAUAUAUAACAACACGUCUCCGAUCUCCAGGAAUCACUUAAACGUCUCAUAGAUGUGACAUGUCAUUGUAAGAAUGCUUUAAGCCUUAAUUCAGUGCAAUCUUGUUGAUAUAUGACGUCACUGAUCUCUAUAUGCUUGUGUCAUCAACAUUAAUCCAUACCAGGGCUAGAAAUUAAUUUUCAAAACUACUUGUCAGUUGGGCUACGUAGUUUCCAAUUUUACAACCCAAAUCUACGUGCAAAUUCCACAAACCAAAUAUUAUUCAACAUGAUAAGUAAUUUCAAAUUUUGACUUGACCAUUGGCCUAGUGGUUUUUUAGAAAUGACUAGUGGUUCUAAAAACCACUAAUCCAUCUGGAGAUUUCACCAAUCCCAGACUAUCAGGCUACCCAUAUUUUCUAGCCCUGCUUGCUUCAUGUAAGCGCUUUUUGAUGUCACCCAAACAGUGUCCCUGUAAGCGCUUUCCUGGAAGCUUGUAGUCUCUCCAUGUAAGCAUUUUGCAAACCUAUAUCCUCUCUAUGUGAGCAAAUUUUCAAUGCCUCCACUGUCUCCAUUAAGUUGCUGUGUGAAGCCUUCUACAGUAAGCCGUUAUGAUUUUGUCAUUCAAUCCCCAAAAAAAGAGGUUGGGAAUAGGCAAAGAGAUUAAUGUGAUUUCUUAAAUAACAUUUUUAUUAACAAAAAAGCUUUAUAGAAAUGGUUUACCUCCAAAAUUCAAAGAAAAAUGUUAAAUCUAUGUAAUCAACCCUGCAUUUUGUAAUGGGAUUUGAUCUUUUCAUUUGAUAACCUAAUUAGGCUACUCUUAGUGUUGAGUGUGUUACAGGAUGGGUGUGAAUAUUUCAUGAAUUGUUUUACAUGUUUGUGAAUCAUGUGAUAUCUUUAUUUCUAUAUCUCUAUAAUCUUUCUUACAUCAAUUUGUUUUAUAUCGCCUCUUUAUUUCUAUCUUCAUUAUUGUAUAAUUAAUUCACAGUGUAAAUUGUAUCUUUUAAAGAUUUUAAUUUUAAAAACAUUCGCUUUUAAAAUCAUUAUGCUGUACGAGAGUAUACGUUUAUUGCACCUUGUGUUCUUCAUGUUCGAGAUGUGCGUUGUUUGAACUUUCACACUGUAAUGUAUAUGAGACGAUGUUGCCUAGCUAAACAUUUCUCUUACUCUCUAAAUGUACGAGACCAUGUGUUGACAAUUAAACAUUCUCUAUAACUAUAAAUGUAUGAGAAGUGUUGACUUGCUAAACAGUUUUCUGUAUUGUUGUUUUAAGAGACAAUGUGUUGUGUAGCUUAACAUUUCUUUCCCAUUAUAACUGCAUGACAGUGCAUUGUGUGUAGAAUUGUUAAACAUUCUCCAUCUCUUUGAAAUAUACGAGUACUGGACCUUGACAGAAAUCUGAUCUGUUGGAUGGGCUAUUAUAGCUUAGAGCCUGUCUGACCAACUGACAGUCUACCUCAGAAUUCCAGAGGUUAGGUUGUCUUACGUUCUCAGCACCCCUGCAGUAUGUCAUAACAAAGUUAAAUACUCUUUAUGAAACAGCUUGGGGAUGAUACUGGGUUACAUUCGCGUAUCCCGGUUGAAACGGUUCAGGUUGCGCAGAAAUAUUCCACCAUAAACGAAUGCACUUUGACCAAACUAGGCAGAGCUAAAUAAAAUGCACAGUUUCGGAGAAUAAAUAACAAUAUAUCAAGAAUAUUGUGUCUUUCAUUCACACGUCCGCUCAAUCAUAUUACAUAUCUUAAAAUCUGCAUCUGGUUUGACAUUGUUUUAUAAAGAAAUAAUGCAGACUAGCAUUUCAGUUUCGGUCGGGCACAUGUGGACCCCUCAAUCUAUACGUACCGAAUAUUCCUGAGGUCAGCCUCGUUUCAGAUCUGCGCCUGUUGUCUUUACAGGUUCAACUGUUUCAACUGGUUGAACCUAUACACGAAAGGGGCCCAGGUAGACUAGUUUGUUCCUUUGAUGUACAUCCAAAGAGUUGUGUGGCAGGGAAAUAGUACAGUUGGCUGGCUUUAGAGUUAGGUGAAGCUCCUCUGUAACGUUAAUAGGAGUGGUAUCAGUAUUGUGAUUGGUCAGUUUUCUUUCCAGAAAAAACAUUCAAAUAGCUAACUACGUUCCUUCAAUUUUGUCACUACAUAAUCCAGGGAAGCAGAGAAUGUAAGCAAGAAAUGCACAUGGAAUUAUAAGGAUGACUGAUAGAUAAUACCAAUCCAUGAGUUAAAAUGAGCUAUAGCACUAGGCGAUGAUCAACUAUUAACAAAUUCAUCAUACUAUAUCUAGUGUUCUAACUGGAUAUGUUUAUUCACCUUGAUUAAUUACAAUGUCUAGUGUUCUACCUGCAAAUUUGUAAGUACAUUGAUUACUUGAUUGUAUAAAGGUAAAUUAUU